GCAAAACAUUAAACAGAAUACACAUAUAAAUUAUGAUUUAAGAUUAAGUUUCCCAACCAUUUGAUAUCAAAUACUAUAUAACAGUAUCUGAAUAAUUGAAAAUCGUUUGUGAAAUCUGUAAUUAAGUAAGUUAUGGAAAAUAGCGACAAAUUGGAGUCACCGGAAGGGAAGAUCAUUGAUAAGUCCAACUGGAAGAUCGGCCGAUUCAUUACAGGAGGUUCAUACGGACGCCUCCAUUUGGGUCGUAACACAAAAACAGGUAAAGAGGCGGCCAUCAAACUAGAGGCCCGAUCGAGUCCUACACCGACACUGCCGCUGGAGUUUUCAUUUUAUAAGAUACUCAAGCAAUCCAAAGGUGUGCCCAAAAUCUAUUACUUCGGAAAGUGUGACAUUUGGAGCGCUCUUGUUAUGGAUCUGUUGGGUCCGAGUCUUAAAGAUGUAUUUGAAAAGUGCGACAAGUUUUCGAUUCGGACGACUACCCAAUUAGCCAUUCAAUUGAUAGGUAUUCUUGAAGAUUUUCACGGACACCGACUCGUCUAUCGGGAUACUAAACCAGAAAACUUUUUAUUGGGACCGACCGGUUCAGACACUUAUAAUGUCGUCCAUAUUAUUGAUUUUGGUUUAUGUAAAGAAUAUAAAGAUGAGAACACCGGUCAACACAUACCGAUGGCAACAGGAAAGCCGUGGACGGGAACAGUGCGGUACAUGUCUAUCAAUAAUCAUAUGAAUAGAGAACAGAGCCGUCGAGAUGACUUGGAGUCCAUGGCCUAUAUGUUGGUGUUUCUACACAAGGGUGAGCUUCCGUGGCAAGGCAUACAAGUGUCAGACAUUAGCGAGAGAUACCGAAAAAUUGGUGAAAUCAAACAUCGCAUCAAACCGUCCGAACUGUGCGCCGAAAUGCCCGAAGAGUACGAAAAAUUUGUCCGAUUAGUACGUAAUCUUAGCUUUGAAGAAGAGCCUAAUUAUAAGGCUUAUAUCAAUAUGUUUACCAAAGUUUUGACAAAAAUGGGAAAUAAUUUCAAUGAAAAAAUUUAUGACUGGGAUCGCAAUCACAAACUCAAACCAUCUAACAAAAAAUAAGACCAACAAAACAAUUAAAUAUAUACUAA